GGGCGCCCGUCCCGCCGCCGCCGCCGCCAUGGAGGAGCAGAAGGAGAACCGCCCGCAGGCCGCCCCGAACGAGGCGCCGGCGCCGCCCGCCGCUGCCGCCCGCCCGCCGGGUAGGCAGCAUUGUAGGAUCAGUGACCAAGAAACUAAUGGGAAAAAGUCAGCUGCCAGUCCAAAUGACUUCAGUGAUCCGGUUUACAAAGAAAUUGCCAUGACCAAUGGUUAUAUCAACAGAAUGACCAGAGAUGAGCUCAGAAGUAAACUUGCAGAGUUCAAGCUUGAAACCAGAGGAGUGAAAGAUGUGCUGAAAAAGAGACUGAAAAACUAUUAUAAGAAACAGAAGCUAAUGCAGAAGGAACCCAUUAAUAGAGACAGCUGCUAUGACUACAUCUGUGUUGUUGACUUUGAAGCAACAUGUGAAGAAGGAAACCCACGUGAAUUUGUACAUGAAAUAAUUGAGUUUCCUAUUGUCUUACUAAACACACAUACCCUGAAAAUAGAGGACACCUUUCAGCAAUACGUGAAGCCAGAGAUUAAUCCCAAGCUUUCAAACUUCUGCAUCAGCCUGACAGGAAUCACCCAGGACAUUGUUGAUAAAGCUGAGACAUUUACUCAAGUUCUGCAGAAUGUCAUAGAGUGGAUGAGACAGCGAGAACUGGGAACAAAGUAUAGCUAUUCCAUGUUGACAGAUGGGUCUUGGGAUAUGAGUAAAUUUCUGAACACCCAGUGCCGUAUUAGCCGUAUCAAAUACCCUUCUUUUGCCAAAAAGUGGAUCAAUAUUCGCAAAUCAUAUGGGAACUUCUAUAAGGUUCCUAGGAACCAGACCAAGCUGACAAUGAUGCUUGAAAAUCUGGGUAUGAAUUAUGAUGGGAGACCUCACAGUGGACUUGAUGACUCUAAAAACAUUGCGAGGAUAGCUAUAAGGAUGCUACAGGAUGGCUGUGAACUGCGGGUGAAUGAGAGGAUGCAUGCUGGACAGCUUAUGACAGUCUCCUCCUUGGCCCCCUUAGAGGGAGCCCCUGCUCCACAGAUGCCCCGCUACAGGAACUAGCAGUUCAGGGGUUCUGCCUUAGGAACUGCUCCCAGAUAGCCAUGAAGGACUGUUACAAAGCUUAUUGAACAGACGCCUCUGCCAACCUCUCUGCAGUGCAGAAUCCAGAAGCACCUUAACUGAUCAUCUCUGUUGAAAUAGUGUGGAAGCUCUUCGCUCUUUGCAGCCUGUGUUACAGCAUUGUUUUCUUUUCCUACUGAUGAUUUUUUGUUGUUGCUUGCAACUUAACCCAGCAGUAAGGUUGAUAUGUGGGAUCCAGGCAAAGUGUUAAGCUUUUAAGAACAUGUAAUUUAAACACAUGCAAACAUCGCUUUGGCCUGUGCACGGCUGUUCCACCCCAGCCUGUGGAUAGUAUGUAUUCGCUAAGCCUUACUCUUGAUGAUAUCUAGCAUCUGAUUAUUCAUUGCACACAAAUAAGACAUGGCUGGAAGAACUGAAAUAGUGAGUGGUUGGGCUGGCCUUUCCUGAUAAGGCAGUCUUCUAAGGGCUUCUGCUGGUAACUUUUGGGGCUUUUUUACAAAGUCUAGAAGAAAUGGGAGAAUGUUCAUCAGUUCUAAAGCAGUAGAAAAGUAUUGUGUUGUUUGGGUGUUGGUUUUGGUUUUUUUCCUUUGAGGGAUAUGUUUGUCUGCUUCCACAUCAAAUAGAAGAACUGUGUAUCGAAUAAAAAUUCCAUUAAUGAUGUGGCAUGGCAGUACUCUCCUUUUAACUUGUAUUUAAAAAGAGAAGGACCCAGAUUUUCCCUUUGAGGAUUUUAUCUCCUAUUCCUGCUACAUUCAUAGCUGCACUUCAUUUAAUGUCACUUUUAGACAUUGUCAGCCAUUUGGAAAUGAGUGAAGUAAAAAUAGGUUCAAAACAUGCCAGGUCAACAAAAUUUUGUCCUAUUUGGUUAUUACGUAAAACAAACUAAGAAGCUUCUAGUUCAUAGUUAAAUACAUGCUCAACUAUUUUUGGUAACAUCCUGCACCUCUGCCACCAUGAAGCUGUGCCUUUUAAUACAAUUUUAUUAGUGAAAGCCACAUCUAAUAAGUAACAACUUCUGCUUUUGUCCUAGGCCCCAGAUACGGUGGUACUCGAAAGAGGCCACAGUGUUAAUUUGCUUUGCGUCCAUGGGCUGUUAAUGAAGUACAACAUUAAUGUGAUCAGCUUUGGAUUAGAAUGGCUUGUUCUGAAAUGUGGAAUGCUGUGUUUUGGUUGCUCUUACUCAAAAAAAAAAAAAGAAGUUAGCUUGGUAUCUCUAUAUUACAAUUCAGUCAUUCUUCCUAUGACUUACAUCCAGGAAACAAAAUAACCAAGUCAUAAUAAAGCUUUGUUGAGAACAUUCGCUGCUUGGCUAAAACUCCUCCCAGCUCCCCUUGCUCUUCCGACUGCUAAAUUGGAUCAAUGGAAAUGUGAAAACUUUAUUUCAAAUUCAUGUAAGAGAGAGAAGUAUUGGUCAAGCCUCCAUUGCUCAUAUGUAGGUGGAAGCAGUUCUCUUUCCAGAGUCACAGAUUUGGACAGCCACAACUGCUUUAGAAUGAUGUUCAUUUUUUUUCUGAAAGUAAAUACUUGUUGAACUUGCAGAGUUUUUACUUUAAAACUUCUAAGUUUCCUUUCUGUAUUUGAUGUAUUUUCAGAAUUUAUAUUUUUUUUAUUUUAUUCUUUUAUUUAGAAUGAUAAAAUCCAAAUCUCUCAUAUGCUUACUCUGAAAAUACCAUUCAUUUGUUAGCCCAUGUUUUGUACAAAUUGUUAAUUACAUAUUUGCUUUUCACUAUAGCAACCGCACUCCUCUUUUCUGAAGAACCAUGGUAAUUUACUUCUUUCGAGUUACUGCAAUGCACGUUCCUAUGAUAAAAUUGAGUCUAGCUCAGCAGAUCUCCCCUUGGGAUGGGGGCAGUAUCACAGACUUUGUCACUAGUCUUUUAUUUACAGGUCUAUAACCAGGCUUACAGACCAAUGAAAAGCUUUGUUACAGAUUAUACUACAGGUUUCCUAAGUGAAGAGCUGUUGUAAUUUUACAUCAUUUAUUUUAAGUACUGAGUUGUUUAUUUUUGUUAAAUAACUUCAGAAAGAUAUUUUUUAGGUAAGGGUUGAAUAAUAAUUGUUUUCUGUUUACUGCUUGAGUAGUUUUUUAUCAGUGAGUUGCAGAAAUCUAUAGAAUUAUUCCAGAUAUUAUUUUAUCUAAAUUGAAUUAAUGUCAAACUAAGCUGUAACUAUUUUCACAAAAUGUCCGAUUCGGUGACUUUGAAGUGAAUUUUAUGAAUGUUUGCUGAUUUAUUUGAAAUGUAAAGAAACUUAUUAAAAUAAGUUGGUAUUUA